UUCGAAAGAUGGCGGGGACUUCGAAGGAAAUACUGCUCUCUCGCCGUAUUUAUAAAAAUUUACAGAGUCUGGCCUGUCCUCUGCUGGAGGGGCUGUAUCUCCAGGACGAUGAGAGUAUGAGGGACUUGCUGUGUACCCCUUCUUUACUCCGCACCGACAUCCUCAAAUGGCUCUGCCUCAGCAUUUGCCCAUCGCUGGACAAAAAGUUCUCAACACUAAGAUCAACACAGACGGAUGAAAUAAAUCAAGAAAUCUUGCAGUUGGGCCAUGAAAUGAUGUUGUGUAAACUGGGUGACGUAGAUUUGGUCAAGGGUUUGGCAUCACCUGUCAGACAGCUUCAGUUUUUGGAACAGCUACUUACUAGUGCUGGAGAGUCUUCUUCAAAUGGAGGGGAACAGAGUGUGGCCAAGGCGGUGGUGCAGAAUGAAGAGUUUCUGGGUGAACUGCUCUCAGCAUCCCAUUUGAAGCAACUGGGUCAGCUUCUGUGCCCCACCUGCACUCCAUGUACAGAUGACCUAAAGGAGCUACUUCACAGAGACACGACCUGGGGCAGGGCAGCCCAUCACCAGUCAUUGACAUUCAAACUCAAUGAAGACCACCUGAAUGAGAUGACCGCUUUACUACAUUCCACUGAGACUCUACUGGAAGAGCUAAACAAGGAGUGCAAGUUCCUACAGGUGGAUGCAUCCAGUCCUCCCCUCUCGCCUUCGGCUCUGCGAAUUGCAAUAUCGGACUUGUCCCAGCUCAUGUCUGCCUUCAGCCAGGUCUUCAACACUCAUUUCAGAGGAUACUGUAACAGGAAGCCCCCUGUUUUCUCCCCCAGCACCCAUACAUUCCGGACUGUCCACCGGCUACUGAAUGCCUGCAACCAGGAGCUGCAGGCUGUGGAGCAGCUGUUAGAUACCUCCAGUGAUGUGACGGAGAUGGUGAGGCAGAUGCAGACAGAGCGACGCUACUGGGGACAUGGAGAGAAGCACACUUUGUCUGCCAGGAUGGAAGAGCUUAAGAAGAAAUACACAGAAUUUUUGACUUUUUAUCAGAAUAGCUGUAUGUAGGUGAGGACCACCAGAUCUGAUGUAUUGCACA